UCUCAUCACCGUGUACGCUAUCUAACAAUGAGUCCGGAACGGCCAAAACAGCGAUUGGCAUGCCUAAUCUGCCGACACCUCAAGACGGCACAGAAGCAUCACCGUGCCAGAGAUGCCAGCGCCUCAAGCUCAAGUGUAUCUACCAAAAGCGCCGACGACGAGGACAGAAGGCUGCUGCCGAGGCCGCCGCAGCUGCUGCUGAUGGUGCGGACCUGGGCUCUGAGACGGACGAGUCGGAAGAUGACAAGCCUGCAAAGCGGCCAGCGCAUGGGGACGCCUUCACCCGCCCACCGCUGGUCACCGAGCGCUCAUUCACAAUGUCCCACUCCUCCCCCAUACGGCAGGCGGUGAACACGCAAGCUCCCACCUCGUCGACGCGUCUCGAGCUUGGAAAUGGUCUGACAACGCCCAAGCUCGUGUCGAACGGGUACUCGAGCUCGCUCACGAACGGGAACAGCAGCUUCGCGCCGCCGUCCCUCGGCAUGUCGGACCACCGGGACGCCAACGGUUCCUCCAACAUGGGGUACAACAUGAGUCCACACUCUCUGUCUUCUUCUGCCCUCUCGGGACGAAACGGCGUGCCGUCGCAUGCUCGCCGUGCCCAGAUGGUGGACGUGAGCGAGCGCCUCGACCCCAAUUUGCCGGAGGAGGGGCCUGGCGGGCCAGUAAACCCCACGGUGGGGAGCUUGAGGCUCCACCAGCUCGACCACGUGUUCUUCGAGACGACCGAGUCGAAGCAGUCUGACCCUGUUGCGCUGCAUUAUCUCAGUCUGAUAGAAGCCGACGAGAUUCUGCAAUUCUUCCAUCGCCACCUCAACCCCAUGAUCGCGAUUCUCGACCCAAAUCUCCACACACUCGACUACAUCCGCGGCUCGACCAUUCUCUUCACGGCCGUCAUUGCCGUUGGCUCGCGCUUCAUCCGCAAGGAGCUGCACCAGCCGCUGCUCACGCACGCGCAGAUGAUCCUCAACCGCGCCACGGCGACGGGCGAUGUCAACAUUGGCAUCAUCCAGGCGCUCUUGAUCCUCAUGUACUGGAAAGCGCCUAGCGACCGCAGCGCCUGGGUCAAGAUCGGGAUCGCGAUCAGGCUGGGCUACCAGAUGGGCAUGCACAUCCCCCGGACGGAGCCCCUACCUGAGGACGAACGGCUGGCGCGGAUUAUCCGUAACGCUGAGAGGACUUGGUUCUGUACGAGUUGCUUUGACUUGGGGUACUCUGAUAUGUUUGAGCUUCCAGCCACCAUUCGCCUUGAGGAACUGGGAGAGGUCGAGGCGUGGGCUCGUGAGGGUCCUUACAAUUGCGGCCCAGACAUGCACGUUGCGUCGUCGGUUUCAACACAUCCCUCCCACAUCCUGUGGAUUCGCUACAAGCAGAUGCGCAACAGCCUGCCUGUCGAGUGGUGCCGCUCGGUGCUGAACGACGUUUACAGCCAAUACCAGCGACACAUGGACCACUGGUUCCCACACGACGACUUGGAGUGGUGCACCCCCGAAGAAGCGCGCUCCCUCCGAUGGUUUGACAUCUGGAACCUGCUCAAGGUCAAGCACGAGUUCCUCAACUAUGCGACGCCAGACGAAAUGGCAUUGACGCUACACGAGUGCCUCGGCAUCGCGUCGAUGUUUGUGCGGCAGACAGAGCGGCUGGCAGAGGACACGUACUUGACCUAUCUGCAAGAUACGCUGAGCGCGGUGCUGUCUCUCUUCGGGACCGUGUUGUACAAGCUCUUCUGGCGCGUCGAUGUGUCGCAAAAGCAGCAGAUCAUCGACGCCAUCAAGCGCAUCCACACGUGCUGCUCCAAAGUCGCAGCGGGGGAGGACGACGCGCCGACGGCGUUCGUCGCGCGCUUCUUCCACCGCGUGCUGCAGAAGAUCACGGUUGAGCCGACGGCAGCGUCGCCAGUGGUCAUGAUGCAGGAGGCGGCGAUCUCACUCCCGAACCCGAGCGACCAGGUGCUCCCGGAGCAUGUGAUCACUGAUAUUGUGGGUUUGCUUCCCCCGAGUCAACUAACCCAUCAGCACGAGUUCCUCCGCAUGUCCGUGUUCCCGCUGCGCGACAACGUCGACAUCGACGACCAGUACUGGGCGACGCUGCUCGCGACCUCGACCAUGGACCUGGGCCAGAACGGCCUCGGAGGGGGCAUGCUGGGGCUGUAGGCUGUAGUAGUUUGUGUAAUAAGCAUGUUGUACAAGUAUCCGC